AUGAGUUCACCUCUGUCCAUGCUGAAGAAAAUGAGACGUGCUCCUCUGCAGGGCCGCAGUGAGCAAUGGAGCAGAGGAAAACUGCCUUUCAGGAGGAAUCUGUUAAAAGACAUGCAGUCAGAGCUGGUGGAUGAUGAUGAUGAUUCAUCCGGUUCAAAUUCCCCCAAACCCUGUCACAAUCCAGCCACCACAAAAUCAAAAGCCCCAAUGAAGAAAGGUGCCACACCGAGCGACCUUGAGCUCAUGUCUUCCAUGAUGCGGCGGGUGACCCUGCUGGAGAAACAAGUGAGGGACCAAGCACAAGACCUGGAAUACAAGGAUAAAAAGAUCUCAGUUUUGGAGGAGAAGCUGUGGGAUCAGAGCGAAUCAGAGCGUGGCAGAGAUUAUUCUGAAAGAAGGUGCCAAGAACUGCAAAAUCAAGUGCACGAAAUGGAGAGCUUUCUAAAAGACUAUGGUUUGACCUGGGUGGGGGACAGAAGGAGCAGUGAUUCAGCCGAGCAGACGCCCAGCCCAGGUAGAGACCACCUCCUCUUCACAGGCCCUGAGCUUUUCUGCAAAUAUCACGCAGGGAAUUUCUACAUGAACUUCAACCUGGUGCUGCAGAGGAUCAAGGAGCUGAACAUCCUGGCAGGGGAGGGGGAGUCUUAUGUCCGGUCGACAGCCACAGGGGCCCAGCUGGCACAAAGGGAUCCCGUCCACCUGAGGCUGUACAGCAACGGCAUCGUCAUGUUCGAUGGUCCUUUCCGCUCAUAUCGGGAGCCAAGCACCCAGCAGUGCAUGCAGGAUCUGAUGGACGGGUAUUUUCCAUCUGAGCUUCAGGACCGAUUUCCAGACGGUGUUCCCUUUCAGCUUCAUGACAGGCGAGAUGAAGAGUUUAUCUUCAGGCAACCGUGGGAUCAAUUCCCUGGCAGCGGACAGGCGGUUUGUGGGGAGAAAGAUGACGCUUCAAAAGUUGCCAGCUUCGACACUCAAGGAAAGAAACUGACCACAGAUCAGUUCCUGAGCAGGAUGCCCAAGGUGGUGGUUAAGGCCGGUCGAGUGAUAGAUAUCAGGGAAUCACUGAGAGCAACUCUGCUGGGUUCAUCUGCUGCCCAGAGCGACUCAGCGAUCCCCAUAGACACAGCAGCACUGCAGGCGAUGGAACAGAGCUCGGACCGGCCAUCGUCAGCCCAUGACAUCAUCACGCUCAAGGUGAAGACCGAGGAUGGGGAUCACACCUACGUGUUGACGAUGGGCUUCUCGGAGACGAUCGGCCACCUGCGACAGUACCUGGACAAACACAGAGGUGGUGGGCUCCCUGGUUAUGACAUCAUCAGUGCGUACCCUCAGUGCUGCUAUGAAGACAACAGCAGGACGCUACACUCGUGCGGCCUCACAAAUAAUGCUACCCUGCUGCUAAGAAGGAGACCACACCCUCAACCACUGACUGCAGUCAAACAAAGCCUCCAAUAAACUUUUGAGCAUGACUUGUUUUCUGUUUCAUAACAGGCGUGUCGUCAUGGGAACAGAACAGAUGUAAGAAAUAUUAUUGACCAUGGCUCUAUUCCAUUCAAGUGCUCAAGACCAAGGCCCUGAAACUGAAGCUGCUAAAUGGAAUUGAGCCAUCAAUGAUCUUAUU